AUGUCGUUAAAAACGAUACUUGAUUAUCGCGCUUGUGUGUUUUCCGUUUUUGCUAGCGUAUUUUUAACAUUUGCAUAUGUUGCUAGUCUAUAUGUUUGGAGAACGAAUUUAAGCAGGGAUCAUCCGUCAACGAUUAAAAGAAGGUUCUUUAGUGUUUCCUGCAUAAUGUUACUUGCGCCAUUUGUGACAAGAUUUUUUCUUAAAGAGGAAGUCUUAAAUAAGGCCGAUGUAUAUGAUCAAUUGGGUUUGCGCCUACCAGGAUUUAUCGCGGCGAUGGUUACACCACUUGCUUUGACUUCAAUUUUAUUUUUGGGGCCAUUGACUAUGCAAGUUAUAUCAGGAACUUGGAAGAUAUAUUUAGAACCAAUAUAUUGGGUGGCUAGUUGGCAAGAUUUGACAUGGGUGAGGAAUCACGUUAUGGCACCUCUAAGCGAAGAGUGGGUAUUCCGAGCUUGUAUGAUGCCCUUACUAUUACAAUGCUUUGAUCCCUAUACUGCCGUGUUUGUCGGUCCUUUCCUUUUUGGAAUUGCACAUUACCACCACAUUUUUGAACAAAUGAAGGCAGGAUUUGAUCUUAAGACUGCAUUAAUGAUCUCAACUUUCCAGUUUAUGUACACAACUCUGUUUGGUGCCUACUCUGCCUAUUUAUUUCUACGCACUGGUCAUUUUGUUGCACCUCUGGCAGCACAUAUGUUCUGCAACCAUAUGGGUUUUCCUAAUUUCGGCGAGAUAUUUUACUACCCCCUCUUGCAAAGAUUGCUUAUUAUAAGCAACUUUGUGUUGGGCUUCACAAUGUGGUGCUACUUGCUAACACCCUUAACAGCACCACAGUAUUAUGAUAAUAAACUACACUGGCUUACA